UUCAGUUUUAUGAAUAUCAAAUUUCCCGCCAUUGCGCAAUGUCCAUCGCAUUAAGAAUGGAUUUCGAAUCUGUUUACUAUAUAUUCAAUGAUCAAAGCGCGGAGUGGGAGUGUGUCAGUUCUACCUAAAUGCUGUGAUGGAUGAAGUUUCGUCAAACGAUCUGGGAAGUGGGGAAAGUAGUGGGACAUUAACAUGUGCUGGAUGUCUCAAUGCAAUUGAUGAAGAUGAAUUCAUACAGGCAUUAAAUCAAGAAUGGCAUAUUGAUUGUUUUCGGUGCUCAGCAUGUGAUAUUGGUCUGUCUACAUGGUACUUUGAGAAAGAUGGCUUACUUUUUUGUAAAGAUGAUUAUUGGGCUGCUUAUGGAGAAGCUUGUCAAGGUUGUGGUCAAAUCAUUACGGGUCCUGUCAUGUUGGCAGGUGAUCACAAAUUUCACCCAGAAUGUUUUGCCUGUAAUUCUUGUGGAGCUUUCAUUGGAGAUGGAGAAAGUUAUGCAUUAGUUGAGAGAUCCAAACUAUAUUGUGGAAGUUGUUAUAAAAGACAGAUGCAGCCAAUUAAUAGAGCACCUAAUUAUCCAUUCACACGGAAACCACAUAGCAUCAGAUUAGUGGAAAUACCUCCAAAUACUUCUGAUCCUGAAAAACAGAGAGGAAUCAAAUUGACAUUAGACACAACUCCUAGUCCUCGAAAUUGUGGUGCUUUACUUCGUAUAUCUGAGUUAAUGAGAAAUGUUCGUGGAAAAAUCAGUAAGCUGCUGGCCUCUGUGAUGGAGGUUCUAUUUAGACUAUGCUGCCACUUCUCUAAUCAUAGACUGAAUAUGUCCAGUGAUCUCAUAUCUUUGCAUAUCGGUGAUCGUAUACUCGAAGUAAAUGGUACCCCAGUUAAAGAUCAGCCAAUAGAGAAUAUUGAAAAUCUUAUACAGUAUUCUGAUACAGUUUUACAGCUAACUAUUGAACACGAUCCGGAUACAGUUUCUCGACGACUCACGUAUUCAUCACCGUCUGCAGCGAUGUUGACGUCGAUUUCGAAUUCUAAAACAAGCCCUGAAAAUAAAGAACGUUUAUUUAAACGGCGAGAUGAAGGUUACAUCAGUGGAACGCGAAGCAGGCAAUUGCGAAGAACCAGAGAUCCUAUGCAUAAAGAGCGUAGUAGUUCUAUGUCGCGAUUACUUGAUGGAUCUUCACCCACAAAUCUUACAUGUGACUUAAGCAGAACUAGAUCAUUUCGUGUCGAACCAAAGAAUCAAAGAAUAUUCCGUGCUAGUGAUUUAGUGAAAGGUGAAUUGCUAGGUACAGGAUUUUUUGGACAAGUGUUCAAAGUUACACAUAGAGAUACUAAUGAAGUCAUGGUGCUAAAAGAGUUAUAUAGAGUUGAUGAAGAAGCUCAAAAGAAUUUUCUAAAAGAGGUUGCCGUUUUACGUUCGCUACAUCACAACAAUGUUCUCCGAUUCAUCGGUGUUCUUUACAAAGAUAAAAAGUUACAUUUGGUCACUGAAUAUAUAGCAGGAGGAACUCUAAGAGCUCUGCUACAUGAUACAAAUGAAAUCUUACCGUGGGAACAAAGAACAUCAUUUGCUAAAGAUAUAGCUGCUGGUAUGGCUUACUUACAUUCCAUGAAUAUUAUUCACCGAGAUUUAAACUCGCAUAAUUGCCUUGUACGCGAGGAUAAGACUGUAGUCGUAGCCGAUUUCGGCUUAGCAAGGAUAAUACAGAAUGGUAACUCCCCUGAUAAUCGCAAAUACAGUAGACAUUCCGAGGGAGAAACGAAAACGUCAAAGAAAGAGCGAAAGAAAAGAUACACAGUAGUAGGAAAUCCAUAUUGGAUGGCGCCUGAAAUGAUGAAGGGUAACAAAUAUGAUGAAAAAGUUGAUAUAUUCAGUUUUGGUAUUGUUGUUUGUGAAAUCAUUGGACGUGUUCAAGCAGAUCCUGAUUAUUUACCACGAUCUUCAGAUUUCGGGCUAAAUCAGAAUGUAUUUAAAGAGAAAUUUUGUUCUAAUUGUCCGGAAAUGUUUUAUAUGAUCGCCUUUCUUUGUUGUGAUCUGAAUCCUGAUAAGAGACCACCUUUUGAAAUAAUGCAAUUAUGGUUAGAAGGAUUGGCAAUGCAUUUAUCGAUGGGUGCAGAAUUACCAUCGAAUUUGGAAUACGAUAUCAGAAAUUAUAUAGGACCUAGCACAAGUACUAGUGAAUCCACAACUCCAGAGAGUUUGGCACCGCAAUUGAAGCCUAUUAAAGAAGGUCAAGUACACCAAGAGAAGAAACGAUGUAGUGGUUGUAACGACAGUACAUUGGAACGUGAAGAAACGGAAUCUAGUAAUAUUCUUCAAGUGCCUGAUGUGAUAAAUUCUCGAGGAAAAUAUAUAAGACAGAACAGCAAAACGAACGAUUCGCCUGGAACCUCGAGUCGUUAUUCGAGACAAAACUCACGAUCUAAGGAAGUUUCAAUCGAAAAACCAGAAAUUGUUAUUUCUCCGGAUUCUAGUGGAUUUACUAGUUGCUUUCCGAGACAAAAUAUCAAAUCAAAUGAAUCAUCUGUCCAUAAUUUUAAUGAUAAACAAGAUUUAUAUAUGAAAAAAGAUUUAACAGAAUCCAAUUUAAGAAGGAUACCUACUAUUGAAAAAAUGCGCUAUGUAGGCAGAACAAAUCCGUGCUCUUUAUCAGAUACUCCUGAAUAUAUUAUUGAUAACAAAGUAUUAUGUAAAGUAAACAAUUGUUUAAAUUUCAAAUCAACAGAUAAAUCUAAUGAAUAUAAUUCAAUUGGAGAUAGUCAUUCGAGAAUUAAGCUGGAAAAUAAGUUCAAAAUGUCAGAUACGAAUUCUGUUAAUUCUUAUUUGAAACAAAUUGGAAAAUCUAUAAAUGUAGAAAAAGAAAAUAAAAUCGACAGUCAAAAUGAUAAUGAUACAAAGAAAACCACAGCCGAAACUUCAAAAUCAUCGGGAAGCUCUUAUUUAAGAAGAACAAAGAUUUCUCCCACAAAAGAGACGCCAAAGGAUGCAUUUUCUUCACAAAAGAAUAGUCAAUCUGAAGCUAUUUCAUCUUCGUUGCAAUCAAAAAUAAAUAUAAGCACGGCAGAAAUUACUGAAGAUAAGUCUAUCAAUGAUAAGCUAAUCAGGCAAGAAAGUAAUAUUUCAGAUAUUGGAAGUAUAUUAUCUAGACAAGGAAGCCUCACAGUACUAGAUUGUACAGCAAAGCAUAAAGAUCAAAUAUAUAAAGAUUAUUCGCCUUUUAAUACUUUACAAAAAGAAGAUUUCCAUAAAGAAGGAAAUUUCAAGAAAAAUACUAUGUUUUAUUAUACAGAUAAUCUCUAUUCAAAUUCCAGUCUUUCCAAAAAUGAUGAUUUUCUUUCCUACAACAUACGAAAUGAGACUAAUAUAGAUAAUAUAGAUAAUAUAGAUAAUGAAAAAGAUUAUACCUUAUCCACUCAAGAUUGUACCAAAUUCAAAUCCGAUGACUCUAAAAAAACAGUAAUCGAAACGAUACCUGUAUAUGAUGGAAAAUUGCCUAAUUCUUUGACAGAAUACACAGGAUGUUAUAAAAAUGUGGAUUUAUGCAGACAAGAUAGUUUUGGUUCUGAUAGUGCAGUUGGUACUAUGAGAAGUAAUUUUUUUGCAGAUUUAGAAUUCGUUCAUUUAAGAGACGGUAGGCAUACACCGGAUUUGUGCCAUACUCCUGAACGAUGUUGCACUCCUAAUCGAGCUACGUCACCUAUAGAAAGCACAGCUUUAUGAAAUUUCCAUGUUAAUGAAAUAACGCAUCAUGUUCAUAAUGAAACAAAUCUCGUAUUUUAUUAAUUUGAUUUUUUUUUUCGUUUAA